AUGGAGGAGAAGGAGGAGGAGGAGGAGGAGGAAGAGGAGGGGGAGGAGGAGGAGGAGGAGGAGGAGGAAAACAACCAGCUGUCCAUCCUAGAAGUCCUCGUCCGCCGCAAAGAUUGUGGUGGCCUAAAAACCAAAGUGUUCAGGAAAGCGACAAAUACGACGCAAAUACUGAAGUUCAAUAGAAACCACCCGAUUAGUCACAAACGGAUUUGCGUAAGGGCGCUAUACCGACGCGUUGAGACGCACUGCAAUGAAAUGGAAGACAAGGUUGCUGAAUUAAAAUAUCUUUGA